AUGCUGGUCUCUCACAUGGCACAGAAACGUUUCCAAACUCGUUGUGAUGAGUGUGCUGAGCAAGGGGAUGUGACGUCGAACAAGACCCAGUCAACGGAAGGAGCUCCUGUUUUCUUCGUUCGAGCAGAGUCCUUCCCUUGUGGUCAAACUUGCAGCCACGACAAGGGCGAGCAUGUGUUUUGGGGGAGAGGAGAGUGCUCUGAUGGCAACGACCACAAUACCUUAGCAUCCAGCUUGUUUUCGCGGUCACAGAGCUGCGUUCCAACUCGAAGGAUGCCUGCCCCCAUCAAGGUGAGGAGCGAGAACGAGCAAGGAAUGUUCGUUCGCUGUGAAAGCACGAGCACCAGGGCGUCACACUGGACAACAGCAUCCUCCCGCGCUCUCUCCCCUGUCGACGGAACAAACGGGCAAGAGGCCGGGCAAGAGCCUCUCUUGCAGCCUCUCUACGCAGAAAGUUCACCUGCGGAGUCCCCGAUCAAGAACCCUAACCGCAUGUCUCCUUGCGCAGACGUCCCCGGCUUCUCUCGGACAGCAUCGACUCACGACCAGUCGAGGAGAAGGAAGAGUGUGGGGCAGGUGGAUAAGACUGGAAAGGCUUCGAGCGGUGCUCGAUUUUAUGCAAAGGUUGUGGCGGGGAGGUCUCCGACAGUGGAUUGA